GUCCAGUGUGCCAGCGCGUGCCAGAGCCGGAGAAAAAUGCUGGCACGAUUGUAGGAGCACGGGCGAUGCACUAGGCGCGGGCAGCGUAGGGAUAAGACAGCAGCACAGCAGCCGGGCCGAUGGCUGGACGUGGCCGGCGCGCAUGACCAGCAAGCAGCACGCCGGGGAGCACCAGCCGUUGCCGCAUUCCAGCAGCGACAGGCACCGAGCCGAAAACCGCCAGGCGCCAGCCCACGCCGCCAGGCCUAGUGCUCCCUCAUAAAAGCGUCGCAUUCCUCUCACGGUCACGGCACUCGCCGCGCCAGCAGCCAGCCUAUGAGCAGCGCUUGCGGCGGCGGCGGUUGUAGGGAAUGGAGGCAGCAGCCGUGGGCGACGGCGCGCCAGCGGGCCGCUCCCAUCAGGGCGCCAAGCGCGCGCGCGGCGGCGCCGUGAAGGGCAGCGAGACGGAAGCGGCGGCGUGGGGUCAGCCGCCGCCGCUCCCGCCGCCGCCGGGCCCGGGGGCGGGGUCCCGGAUCUACCGCGUGGGGGCGAGCGGGGGCAAGGACCGCCACAGCAAGGUGUACACGACCAAGGGCAUCCGCGACCGCCGCGUGCGCCUGUCGGCGCCCACCGCCAUCCAGUUCUACGACCUGCAGGACCGCCUCGGCUUCGACCAGCCCAGCAAGGCCAUCGAAUGGCUCAUCAACGCCGCCGCCUCCGCCAUCGAGAAGCUCCCGGAGCUCGACCCGGCCGCCUUCGCCGCCCUUCCCGCGCCGGGCGGCGCGGAUGCCGCCGGCAAUGAUAAGCAGCAGCAGCAGGGGAGCAAGUCCGCGGGCAGCAGCACGUCGGAGACGAGCAAGGGGUCCGAGCUCUCGCUCUCGCGCUCCGACGGCCGUGGGGGCGCCGCCGCGCAGGACAGGGUGGUCACCGUGGCCAGCACCUCGGCGCAGGCCGCGUCCUUCACCGAGCUGCUCACCGGGGUGGCGUCGGCCGGCGCCAUUAGCGCCGGCGAACAUAGGCAGUCGUGGCAUCAGCAGCCCAACGUCUCCGCCGGCGCCGGCGCCGACCGCGUCGGCAUUGCGCACAACGGGAAAGGCGCGCACGGGCUGUCGACGGCGACGCACGCCUUUUCUGGCCCCGCCGCCGCCAAGUUUGGCAAUGCGCCUCCGUUCGGCCUGGUGCCGGCACAGCCUUUCGACUUCACCAUCCCCAUCGAGAUGCCUCACUUCUCGCUCGGUCAGGACACUUCGGCGGCGUCCUCGUCUGGCGCCGGGGACUACAGCCUCAGUUUUUCCAUGUCCUCGGGUUUCUUGGGUGCCAAUAGGGGGACCCUUCAGUCCAAUUCGCAGUCGAACUUCUCAGGCCAUCAUCACCAGCAGCUCCAGAGGCUGGACGGCCCGCUCUUGUUUGGCCACGCCCACGCCGCGGCGGCGAUGCAUCCCGCAUCCGAGAACCAGCUGACCGCAUCGGCGGCGUUACAGCUCUGGGACGGACUCCGGCACUCCGGCAUGAAGGAGAAGGGCAGGAGCUGAUUGCAUAUUCUUCAAUAGAAAACCGAAGACGUCCUAUUGCUGGGGGCCGUUCCGGCAAGAAUUCUCUUGUGGAGCUGCUACCAUUUUGUUGCGGUGACGACUUGUCAGAUCGCCGCACGCAAGGCUGCUAUGGUCACCAUAUCAACCAUCCAUCAGCGAUAGCUGGUGCCGUUGAUCAAACAAUCCUGUGCCUUCUUUUUUCUUUCAUUUCCGUCGUUGAUGCUGUUGUACAGAUUUUGUGGGAGAUGAGAGUUUAAACAAGUCGUCGUAGGAGUGCUCGGUAAUCGCGAGAGUUCUAGUGGCUCCCCGCGUCUGACUGCUGGUCUACAUUAUUUUGAGGUUUUGGAUGAACAGGUCCACUGGACAAGCGUUGUGGUCCCUGAUGGCUCGUUCUAGGUGCUGAGGGUUGAAUAUUUCGAUAUGGAAAGAUGAUCCACUCGGU